AGUAGAUGCUGGAGGGCAAAAGAUGAAAUGUCAUGUUUAAAUUCUAAUUAUGCCAUUUUGUAGAGGGGCAAUGUUAGUGUGCAAUUUAUUUUAAAAUCCCCCUACGAAUAAAGGCAGAUGAAAAAACAAAACAAUUUUGGGAAAAUUCGUUUUUUUCUGUCUCUCUCCAGAAGUACUUUGAAUUUCGAAACCUACUAAGCGGCGUUAUAUAAUUACCCAAACACGCCUAUUAAAGCGACUUCGUAUUUUUUACCUUUUUCUAGAUCCUAGAUCCUAAUGUUGCGGAUCGUAUUCGAAACAUCCGGUAUAAAGUACUACUUAUUCUGUUAUAGAAACAGAAAUAAGCCCGAGCUCAUGCAAGUACUUGGAAACUCAGCCAAGUUCGAUUCAAAGUCAGGAGUCCUUGUAUCUGUAAAGCAGAUAAUCUGUCACGACAAGUGGGAUCCUGAACGUAGUCUCGAUUAUGACAUCGCUCUCCUAGAAUUAUCUGAGCCGAUAAAAUGCCCUAAUUGUAAACCUAUUCAGCUAGACACAGAAGGCCCGAAAGCCAAUGAAAAAGCUGUCAUAACUGGUUGGGGUUUGGUAAAUGAAACAACUAUUGCCCAAGUUCUGCAGGGGGCGACUGUCUUAGUCAUAGAACAGACUAUUUGUCAGGAAUGGUUGUCACUAUUACCUGGGAUGCUGACAGAAAGGAUGUUUUGUGCAGGUUAUCCAGACGGAGGAAUAACUUCGUGGGGUACAUCAUCUUGUUAUGCUAAACCGAAGUCUCCGGGAGUUUAUUCCAAAGUUUCAGCUUACUAUGAUUGGAUUCAGCGUUACACUGGAAUUACUUUCUGAUCCCGUCAGAUGACUCAACGAAGAUGGAAGUCUUGUGUAAUAUCUGUUUAUAAAAGUAAAUAAUUGUCUACUUG